CAACAAAAUCCAAAAAGAAAAAAAGAAGAAGAAAAAUUCCAAUUGCUAGCUUCUUGAAUUCUUUUUAAUUUCUUAAUUUCUCAUUUGUUUAUUUAUUAUCUUUAAAACAAUGGUUCCUGCUUCUCUUCACUAACCAAACUUUCAACCAAGAUUCCCUCUUGCUUAACAACGGCAAACUCUCAGUUUCCAAAUCUUGAUCAUCUUUUACUUUACUGUUUAUUUAUUAUCAUGACCUCAUCAAAAGCUUCCCACCCAUGCAUAAACAUAGAUAAUGUAGUGCCUAGUACACCAUUGAUCACAUUUCUUGAACAUGUUCAAGAAACUGCAUUCACUACUUUUGGUGAAAAAGAUUUUGACCCAAAACUUUAUGUUGAUUUCUCAUUAAAGUUUAAUCUUUCGACUACAGUAAAAGCCUUUAAUGAGCUUCCAAGGAGUGGAAAUGGUACUGUUUUGGUGAAGGACUUGGAGAAGUUCAUAGCAACUUACUUUGAUGGUCCAAGUAAGGAUGUUUUAUACUAUGAUCCACCAGAUUUUGUGCCUGAGCCUGAUGGCUUCUUGCCUAAGGUGGAGAAUCAAGAGGUGAGGAUAUGGGCACUAAAGGUUCAUUCUUUAUGGAAGAACUUGAGUAGAAAAGUCUCUGAUGAAGUCGAGAAACAUCCUGAAUUGCAUACUUUGCUUCCCUUGCCGGCCGCUCCGGUGAUCAUUCCGGGGUCACGUUUUAGGGAGCUUUAUUAUUGGGAUUCCUAUUGGGUUAUCAGGGGCUUGCUGGCAAGUAAAAUGUAUGAGACUGCAAAUGCAAUUGUGAACAAUCUAAUCUUUCUUGUAAAUACAUAUGGCUAUGCCCUUAAUGGAGGAAGGGCCUAUUACACCAAUAGGAGCCAGCCUCCUCUCCUAAGCGCGAUGGUUUGUGAUAUAUAUAAGACGACUGGUGAUAUGGAAUUGGCUAAAAGAGCACUGCCUGCAUUGCUCAAGGAACAUCAAUUUUGGAAUUCUGAGAUACAUAAGGUCACCAUCAUGGAUGCUCAAGGCAAUGAUCACAACUUAAGUCGGUAUUAUGCAAUGUGGAACAAACCCAGGCCUGAAGCAACAACCAAAGACAAAAAAUUUGCUUCUAAGUUCUUGAAUUCAACUCAGAAAGAACAAUUUUACCGAGAACUGGCUUCAACUGCUGAAUCUGGUUGGGAUUUCAGUACGAGAUGGAUGAGGAAUCCUUCGGAGUUCACAAGUUUGGCUACGACAUCAAUUUUACCUGUUGAUCUGAAUGUCUUUUUACUCAAGAUGGAACUAGAUAUUGUCUUCUUUGCAAAAGAAACAGGAGAGGAAAGCAUUGUUGAGAGAUUUGUAAAAGCUUCUCAAGCAAGAAAGAAGGCAAUCAACUCUAUUUUCUGGAAUGAUAAGAUGGGACAAUGGCUCGAUUAUUGGCUCACUGAUGAAACAUGCCAGGAAUCUCAUAAAUGGAAAGCUUGUAACCAGAGUCAGAAUGUCUUUGCUUCAAACUUUUCUCCUUUGUGGAUUGAUCUGUUAAAUUCAGACACUGCUUUGGUGGAGAAGGUCAUGGGAAGCCUUCAAAGUUCAGGCCUGCUGUGUGCUGCUGGAAUUGCCACUUCUCUAACAAAUUCAGGACAACAAUGGGAUUUUCCAAAUGGUUGGGCUCAUCUUCAACAUAUAAUAGUUGAAGGUCUGGAAAAAUCUGGAUUGCAAGAAGCAAAAUCAUUGGCUGAAGAUAUAGCCAUGAGAUGGGUCAGAACCAAUUAUAUCGGAUACAUGAAAACAGGUGCAAUGCACGAAAAAUACAAUGUAGAGAAAUGGGGAGAAUCUGGAGGUGGUGGGUUAUAUGUACCUCAGACUGGUUUUGGUUGGUCAAAUGGAGUCGUAUUGGCAUUCUUAGAGGAGUUUGGAUGGCCUCAAGAUCAAAGAAUAGACUGCUGAUCAAAUUGUUGACAUGGAAAUUGAACAGAUGAUUUUAGUGUUCAUGUCACAUUCUUAGAAAGUAAAUUCCAUAUUUUCCUUUACCCACUUAAUUUUCUUGUAUCAAAUAAUGAUUUGGCUAUGUAUGCUGAUAGAUGAAACAUUUCAAGUUCUUUAUUUGUAAUGGACGUGUGAUAUGCAUUAUAUUUCUUUUUGCUUCC